CAGAACGGGCAGAAGAUGCUCCCCUCCCUGCAGCCCCGUCUCUCUCCCUCUCUGGGUGGAUCCUCCAGGCCUCAGGCAGGCAAUGGAAUGUUGUGUCGUUGUUGCCCGGGAGACCGAGGCUGGCUGGGUGGCUGCCUUCCGGGAAUACUGAGCGUGCAAACCCUCCAUCAGAAGCCUCCAGGGCCUCCUCUAGGCUAGUGCAAAACUCCAGAAAGCAAGCAAGCCUGGGGCAAUUGCCAGGAGAAUGGCAGUGCCCUGGGAGAAAUAUUUCCGACCGGCGUUGCAAGAGAAGCUGUCUACGAAGAUCCAGGGGCAGAAUGUGGACCACGUCCCACUGCCACUGCUGCGUCUCUUGGAGAAGAGGCAGGAACUGGUGGAUGCGGACCAGGGCCUUCGGGCCCAGAAGGAGGUGUUCCAGACUAUGAAGGCAUCCCUGAAACAGCGGUGGGAACAAUUGGAACAGAAAGAGCAGGAGUUAAAGGGGUCCUUUGAAAAGUUUUUGCAGGAUGCCGAGGCCCGGCGCAGCCGCGCACUGCGGAGGGCGGCGGAGGAGCGGCCACGGGCGGGCCGCCGGGAGGCGGAGGCGCUGCGGCUUCGGGCGCAGCUGGAGGAGCUGCAGCGAGAGCGCGCGCGGCUGCAGCGCCGGCUUUGGCGCCUCGAACCCUGCGCGCGCCUGCUGGGGCAAGUACUGGGGCAGCUGCCCGAGUUCCAAGAGGUCCCCGAGCUGGUGGCGCGCUUCGACGGCCUGGCCGACACGCAGGCGGCGCUGAGGCUCACGGAGCGCCAGCGGCUCGCGGAGCUGGAGGAGGCGCGCGCGCGGCUGCAGCAGCUGCGGAAGGCCCGGCAGGACGAGCUGCUGCGGCAGGGCCAGCGGCGAGCGCAACUGCUGGAGCAACUGGAGGCGGCGCGGGAGCGCACGCUGCACUGGGAAUCCAAGUGUAUUCAGAUCCAGAACACCGCGGCUGAGAAGACCCUGCUCCUGGGACGCACCAGGAUGGCAGCACUCAACCUGUUCCAGCUAGUGUGCCAGCACCAGAGGCGGCCACCUGCCCUGGACAUCGAGGACACCAAAGGGCAGCUGGAGCAG